AUGUACGUAAUCAUCGCGCCUAUUCAGAUCAAGGAAGGCUACAAGGACCGGUUCAUCGAGGAGAUGAUCGGCGACGCCAGGGGAUCGGUGAACGAGAGCCCGGAUGCCUUCGCUUCGACGUCAUUCAGGACGCCGAGGACCCGAACCGAAUCUGGCUGUACGAAGUCUACAAGGACGAAGAUGCCUUCCACGCCCACACGCAGGCGCCCCACUUCAUCAAGUGGCGGGACUGCCUCGGCAGAUUGGCGUGAAGAUUCCGGGCUUCAGGGCGCAGGGCGAGGCGCGACCAACAUCUGGCCCCCAGACGACGAGUGGAAAUGA